GCAGCACCAGAACCAGAUGCUGGAGCCCCGAGCGCCCACAGAGCUCACUGGCUGAUGUCUGUGUCUUCCUCCUCCUCAGGGAGUCUGGUGACAGAGGACGGUGAGAGAGAGCAGCGCAGGCCGGAGCCAGUGGACACCGAGCCUGAUGGGAACGUGUCCAGCACUGGUGUUCUCCAGCAGGACAGCGGGCAGCACUGCCGGCACCAGGAGCUCCUGACUCGCCUGGAUCAGAGCUCCGACCUCGACGACUCCGAGGGUUCCGACUCGGAGCCGGACGGAGAGGCCGCCGCCCUGGGGCGCUACCGCGGCGACUCGGCGCGGGACGGUCCCGCGACUCCCGUCGGCGUCCUGAGACUCCAGGAGUGGACCCGGGGCAGAUUCCCCGCACACCCGGAGUCCCUGUUUUCCGAACCCCCGCCACGCCCUGGGGGGGCCUCGCUGUCGCCCCUCGAGUACUUCUCUCGGUACCUGGACUGGCACACCUGGGAGGGCGUGGCGCGCUGCACCAACUCACGCCCCCACCCUGCAGGGGCCACGCCCCCCAUCCCGGACGGCGGCGCCCGCGGCCUGUCCUGGCGGUGCCAGCUGUGCCACAUCGCCUUCAGCGACAGGAAGACCAGAGAGCGGCACAUGAGCGCCAAGCACCCCCUCCUGCAGCCGCCCCCGCCCCGUGACCGGUGGUGUGGCGGAGCUGUCGGCAGCGCCCGCGAGCUGGGGCACGCUCCGCUGUCGCUAGCCGCUGGCUCUGGGGGCGGGACCGGACCCCCGGAGCACUGCGAUCCGACUGAGCCUUCACCCACCCCCUGCCACCGGACACCCCCCUCGUGCCCCUUUGCCCAGAUCCGGGAUCCUCCGGGCGCCAGCCUGGCCGGCCCCUGCGCCCUCGAGGGCUGCCGGCGGGACUCCAGCGUGCGCUGCCUCAAGUGCUGCGUCUUCCUGUGCAUCGCCCGCGCCGACAACUGCUUCCUCAAGUUCCACAGCCAGUGA